AUGACCUGUUGCAUGUAAACACCAGCACGCUCAUUUCCAUUGCCAAAACAUGGUCGCGUGUCCUGCGCAUUACUCACAUCACUCCCGGGCAACGCGACCACGUGCUCGCACUCAAAAAAUCAAACCACGCUGUUUGUAAACUAAUUCACCCCCUUGCCAACAGUGACCGGUGACCGAAAACAAAUAGCAACAGUUGCGAACAACGAUGGCACCUACACACAACAACGCCAACAUCGCAGUCCACACAGUCUCGCUGCCUAGCAACGAGCCACAGGCGCGUUGUUUGUUCGAUACAAUUUUGCUCCACGCUUCAACCCAAAAAGGCAAACGUCGCGGGCGUUUGUUACGGCAUUCGGCGAACAAAUUCCAGCACAUCCUGACCUGUGUGUUUGUAAGUGUCCCGGCGAACGUAUUCUAAUUCAAUUCCUCCCAUCUCUGCGCGAGUGAUCUAUUUCCAGUAAAAGAAGGCGUCCACUUCUCGGCGCUUCGGAACGGAAAAUGAACGUGACAGCAGCACGGCGUCGAAGUGUCGGCCGCGGUGGAGUAGGCGGCAAAGCCAUCCGUGGUGGCAAAGCGAAAGCCCGCAAUGGCGCGACGAAUGGUACGCACGGGGCCACCCAGCACGGGGGCCCACCGGCAGUAGCACCCCAGAACGGGGCGAAGGAGAAGCCGCCGGAAGGCAAGGACAAGGGGACGGCUGCGGCGGCGGCACCGGCACCGGAAAGCUACGAGUCCGACUCGUCGGACCAGGUGUCCUCGUCGGACGAGGAGGAGCGGUGGAAGGAUCCGAAGCUGACGAACGAUGUGCCGUCCGAGUACUGGCACAUCCAGAAGCUGGUGAAGUACAUGAAGGCCGGCAACCAGACGGCCACCAUCGUGGCGCUCUGCUGUCUGAAGGACCACGACCUGACGACGCAGAUGAACCAGCGUGCCAUCCAGGACUGCGGCGGGCUGGAGGUGCUCGUCAAUCUGCUCGAAAGCAAUGACAUGAAGUGCAGACUGGGAGCGUUGUCCGUCCUGUCCGAGAUCUCGUCCAACCUGGACAUUCGCCGUGCCAUUGUUGACCUGGGAGGUAUUCCGCUGCUGGUGCAGAUACUGUCGGAACCGGGGCGCGACCUGAAGAUCAUGGCGGCGGAGACGAUCGCGAACGUGGCGAAGGUCCGUCUGGCCCGGAAGCUCGUCCGCAAGUGCAACGGCAUUCCGCGGCUGGUCGAUCUGCUGGACGUAAACAUGAACUGCCUUCGCUCACAGCGCGACCAACUGUCCGAGGAGGAGCGCGAAAUGCUCGACAUGGCGCGGGCCGGAGCACGCGCACUCUGGUCGCUGUCGGAGUCACGCCACAACAAGGAGCUGAUGUGCAAGAGCGGCAUCGUGCCGCUGAUGGGACGCCUCCUGAAGAGCGUGCACAUCGAUGUUGUCGUUCCGACUAUGGGUACCAUACAGCAGUGCGCCUCGCAGGCCAACUACCAGCUGGCGAUCACGACCGAAGGGAUGAUCUUCGACAUCGUCUCCCACCUGACGUCCGACAACCUCGACCUGAAGCGGCAGUGCAGCUCGGCCAUCUUCAAGUGCGCCAGCGAUAAGACGGCAAGCGAUAUGGUGCGCGAAUCGGGCGGACUGGAACCGUUGGUAGGAAUCGCGCGCGACAAGACGGUACGGGACAACAAGCAGCUACUAGCGGCGGCAACGGGUGCCAUCUGGAAGUGUGCGGCGAGUGAGGCGAACGUCAAGAAGCUCGACCAGCUGAAGGCGGUACAGGUGCUGGUGCAGCUGCUGAACGACGAGAACGAGGACGUGCUGACGAACGUGGUGGGAGCGAUUUCGGAGUGCGUCAAGUACCAGAACAACAGAGAGAUCCUGCGCCAGUGUGGAGGGAUCCCGCUGCUGGUGAACCUGCUCAACAUGACGCAUGCGCCGCUGCUGGAGAACAUUGCCCGCACACUGAAGGAGUGUGCCUCGGACCCCGAAAGCAUGACGCUGAUGGAGGAGCUCGACGCGAUCCGGUUGAUCUGGUCGCUGCUGAAAAACUCCAACCCAAAGGUGCAGGCGUACGCGGCCUGGGCCCUCUGUCCUUGCAUUGAGAAUGCGAAGGACUCGGGCGAACUGGUACGGAGCUUCGUCGGUGCGCUGGAGCUGGUCGUUGGGUUGCUGAAGUCGCGCGAUAACUUCGUGCUGUCGGCGGUCUGCGCAGCGAUUGCGACGAUUGCCCGCGAUCGGGAGAAUCUGUCCGUCCUGUCCGAUCAUAAGGUGAUCAGGAUGUUGGCCGAUCUGGUGUACACGACGGACGAUUUGCUGCGCGAGCAUCUUGCGGCGGCCAUCGCUAGCUGUGCUCCGUACUCGACCAACACGCAGGAGCUGGGACGGUUGAAGACGGUGACGCCGAUCGUUGGCUACAUGGUUAGCAAUAAUCCGCGCGUGCAUCGGACGACGGCCAUGGCGCUGCAGAAGCUGUCCGAGGAUCCACAGAACUGCAUCACAAUGCACCAGAGUGGCGUUGUUCCGUUCCUGCUGGAGACGGUCGGCUCCAAGGAUCGGGAGCUCCAGGAAGCGUCCGCCGGCUGUCUACAAAACAUACGCAAACUGGCCCUGCGUGCCGAGGAGCUGGAGCUGUGUGGCGAGUAGGAGUAGCGCAAUGCGGACAACGCGAUUCAGCUAGAUUAAUUACAAAAUUUCUCACCGGGACGCACAUUUGCUAGGCAAAAAUCACGCUUGUUUUUUGGGCACUUUUGUUAAUCUUUAAUGCAAAUCGAAAGCUGCAGUGCUCUGUCACCUCGCACCCGGCAGCAUCCGACAGGCCGGCAAUAACCGAUACUUUUUUAUUAACACAUUCGAUACACAGGCUUCGUUGCGCGUUUUGUGCGUUUCGAGUUGACUGGUUUUUGGCGUUUAUACAAUAAGUUUCCCUCCCCGUCACGCUCCCUUUACGACUAGCUUUUUUGUUCUCUAGAUUUUCCCCUCCCACGAACGCGUCCCCCUUGCGCUAAUAUACUUAAAAUACCUGUCUUUGGUGACGGCUGCGCGAAGGCAAAUUCAGUUCGGCGUGGUGUGUUUGUGU